GCGCGUUCCUCACACACUGACAGUUGGACUUAUCACAACUCUCUGAGAGCAGCUCAGCACACAGUCUCACAUGUACAAAGCACUGUUGCCAUGCCCAGUCUAGUCGCAUCACCACCAAGGGAGCUGCAGCACCUCAACAUGGACACUGAGAAUAAGAAGAGGGGGAAAUACAGAGGAGGAAACCUGAAGUCUCGCCUGCAGUGUAGAUCGUCUCAAGCUGCCAACAAUGAAGGGCUUUGUUUUGAAGAGAUGUCCCAGUGGUCACACUCACUCGAGGGACUUCUAUCAUCCAAAUGUGGCAUGCAGAUAUUCCAGGCUUUCUUGAAGUCAGAGUUCAGUGAUGAAAACAUUGAGUUUUGGCUGGUGUGUGAGGACUAUAAGAAGAUCAAGUCCUCCUUCAGGAUGUCAUCCAGGGCCAAAAAGAUCUACAAACGCUACAUUCAAGUUGAGGCCCCGAGAGAGAUCAACAUUGAUCACAAGACCAGGGACCUGAUCAGGCGAAACAUUAAAGCGCCCACCACUGUGUGUUUCGACGAUGCCCAGAGGAUUGUCUUCGGGCUAAUGGAGAGGGACUCUUAUCCACGUUUCCUCAGGUCCGACAAGUACCGGGCUCUAAUGGACACCACAUCAGAAUCAGUGAAGAUGUAAAGAAAAUAGAUACUGUGGACAUUAUAUUUGUAGAAGCUGAACUGUGAAGCUGAGCCCAAUGCUGGACUACCUGAGAGCAGCUGUGGUUUGUGUUUGCUUGUAUUGGGACCACUGCUGGUGAUUCUAACUAAAAGCAUCCAAAACAUGUAGGCUAAUGUUCAACACAUUCAUGCCUUCCUUUUCAGUUGGAGAAGUCAUGUUUUGGGGUUGUACCUGUUGUGGUCCUCUAAAGUAAAGGACUUCCCAGAGAUGAAGCGAUUAUGUAAUGAAAAUGCUGGGGACUUUCUGUGAGAGACGCCAGGAAGUGUAUGUGGUGCACACAACACCUUCCACCCAUGAUUCAUGUGCAUGAGCUGGUAUCUACAUUUGCACAUCAUCUUAUUUUAAGUUAACUGAGAUCUCACUAAAGCAAUAGAUAAGUAGAUUGCAUCUAGAUGUGUUUUUUUGUUUGUUUAUCACAGUCUGACAUCAGUGCUGUCACACUGAGAUGUUACAACUAUCAUAAUGUGUUAUAAGCUAUAUGUUGAAAAUAUAUUCCACAGUGUGUCAAAACAUUGUGAAUAUGAAUAUUAAGAUGGAUUUGUACAUAUUUAAUAAAAAA